CCGAGAUGUGUUCAGUUUAAGCCUUUCAUUAUGGAAGAAUCGCCUGGUGAUUCUUCCAUAAUGCAUCAUGAUUUUAAAACUAUAAACAAACGUAUGGACAGAGUGACAUUAACAGAUGUAGGCAAUGCUAAACAAGAUCAUUGCGUUGUUGUUGAAAUAGCAAAAACUCACCCUUGUGGUGAUACUAUCAUUAUUUAUGGAAGGGAGAUCAAUGAAGAAGGAUCCGGCGUGGGUGAAGCUUUUCGACUGGCGACUAAGGAUCUCAAACAUACUUGGGACGAUGAAGAAGUGAUAGCUGAAAAUGUUCAAAUUGGUUCAGUUGUCAAGUACGUUCAAGUAGGAGAUAAAUUCCUCUUUCAAGGGAACACGAAACGUCCGCGAUGGAAUAUGGAUAAGAUUUUCCUGGACCUCAGCCGUGCUGAUGGCGCUCACAGAGGCUUUGGAGAUGCUUUUCUUAACUCCAAAAUUUUAGCCGAAGAUAGUUACCAAGACUGUACACCUAAGGAGACAUCAUGCUUCAUUAGCCUGAAAUGUGGUGUGGUUGAAAAUGACAGAAUUUCAGUCAUCACUGAGCUUGGAGAACUCUUCAAUCUCAAGCUGAAUUGCAGAGAUGCUAUCCUACCUUUAUCUCCUUCUACACUGGAACUGAGUCACGAGGAAGAUAACAAAGAUGCUGUGGAUAGCGCUGUUGUAGAGAUGGAAGAGCCACUUCUGAUUUCAGGAGUUGACGGUUUAAGUAAGCCGUCCUACCCAGUUCUCGGCGAGGGCCUCAACCUAAGAGACGAGCCUAAAGAAACAUCAGUCGAAAUGGAUAGUCCUCAAGCUGAUCCUGUGGAAAAAGACGGUGAAAAUGGAAAAGCCUUUUAAGUCCUGGGAAAUAUCAAGUGUAAUUAUUUUACCAGAUACAUGAACUGCCAUGUCCAAGAAAUAACUGACGCCAAAAGGCGAUCUUUUUCAACGGAUUGCUGAACAUUAGACUUAUCGUCAGAGAACACAAUUUUAAGAUUGUUGAAAUAACUGUUGCUGUUUUUCUAGUAGUAUUAUGUAGAUAUUUAUAGUAAAAAUAUUAUAUUUCAGUCAUUGCUGAAGUUCCUAGAUUGAGCACAACAUACAGGAACCAACCUUCGUUGGCUUACAUGUCUAUUAUUUGCCUUUAGUCCUUUGGGUACGUUUUUGUUUGACUUCAGUGCUUUGGUUGAAUAUCAAAACUUGCCCUCCUAACGAAACACAAGUUAAAGUGAAGCCAGUUUCACCCUAGUCACAUGUUUGUAACUUAAAGUUUCAUCGGCUCUAUGUGAUAUUUAUCAUUGUUCUGGUUUAACAGAACUUAAUGGAAAAGGACUCUACCAUACGAUAGUUGGUUGGUUACACCCAACUGUUGAGAAUUUGUAAAUAGAUUUGUAAAGAGUAUCUAUCAUAAAGCAUUAGCAGGUCCUUAACUUAUAUUUGACGCUUGUGCUUACUGUCAAGUGCAUGAUGCAUGGAGCACAAACCGAGCUUUACUGGGUCAAGUGUCUGUUUUGAAUUUUCAAAGAGAAUUUUCUCGCCAGUUCUUAAAGCGUAAAUUUAUGUCAUUUGUUUGAAUGUUCCAAGGAGGGCAUUUUUCGUAAGUUCAUUACCAGGAUCGAUAUUUAAAUGACCUGGAUGAUACGUGAAUAGUUUACAAGUUUCAUUUUGCCUUAAGGAAAUGAAAAACUUGUUUGCAAUUUCGAAAACAAUUUCGAAAACAAAGCGAAAUGGAAACGGUAAGCUGUUAACUUAAGAUUUCGCAAAAAUUUGUAUGUUUUUAAUACUUGGUCAAUUUUAUGAAUAGCAAGUAUUCGAAAAGUUUUCAUACAUGGUGCUAUGCCUAAUUAAAGAAUUAGGUUUAGGUAAAUAUGCAAAAAAAGGUGAAAUAAUAUGUUGUAGAAAUAAGUAAUAAUGUAAAUAGAAUGUAUACUAUCAGAAGCUUGUAAAUUUUAUGGAUCUUCAUGUUCAGUUAAGUACUUUGAGGAUUCAAAUAAAUAUUCAUAUUAUUAUGCCUUGUCUCAAUUACU